AUGGAUUUGUUUAAUUCUUGUUGGACAUUUUUCGAUUUGGAAUUACACAAAAACUAUCCCAAUCUUCCAAAAAACUGUGGUAGUUCACAAGCAGAUCGAAUAAUUGGUGGUGAAAAAGCUCGUUUAGGACAAUAUCCUUGGUUAGCAAGAAUUGGUUAUUCAAUGCCGGGAUGCACAAAAGCGGUUUUGUAUCGAUGCGGCGGUUUUUUAAUAAACGAAUGGUACGUUGGAACGGCAGCCCAUUGCGUUACUGAUUUACCAACGAUCGUUUGUCCAAAAGAUAAUCACACUGUUAAAUUCAAAUUAACGAGUAUUCAACUUGGAGAACACGUAGUAAGCACACCAAUCGAUUGUGAAAAUGGCGAAUGCGCUGAAGAGGUACAAGAAUUUCAGCCCGCUGAAAUUAAUUUUCAUUUUAUGUAUAAUAAUCCAAAAUAUGCGAAUGAUAUAGCUUUAAUUAAACUUAAUAAACCAGCAAAUCUUUCACCUUGGGUUCAACCGAUUUGUUUGCCACAAUUAGAGCAAUUAAAUUCUGAUUAUAUUGGUCAAUGGGGAGAAGUGGCCGGUUGGGGAACGUUCGAUGUUGAUAAUCCAAACACAAGCGAUGAACUUUUAUAUGUUAGCGUGCCAAUUUUGAGGAUGAGAUCAUGUAAAUCUGCUUAUAAAAAAGAUUUUGAAAUGACGGGAAUUCGCCAAUUGUGCGCGGGCGGUGAAGGCGGUAAAGAUUCGUGUGGCGGCGAUUCUGGAGGACCGUUAAUGCACGUUGAAAGUCACGGCGAUAGCCCUCCUAAAUAUUUUGCAAUAGGUGUUGUAUCAUUCGGAGCUAAGAAGUGUGGAGAUUUAAAUAAACCGGCUAUUUAUACAAAUAUUGCUCAUUAUAUGAAUUGGAUUUUAGAUCAUUUGGAACAAUAAAUUUAAAAAGAA